AUGCACCAACAGCAAGAAGCCUACAGGCCUUCCAUUCCAGAUGGGACCCGAGAAACGCCGCAAAAUUUUGACAAUUCUUUGCGAACUUCUGAUCGUAUGAGCAUCGAUCAAUGCGAAACGAUUCCAGAAAUGGAUGAUUCUCAGCUUGUCGGAGCUCCAGUCGCGAUGGUUACUGCUGACGUGGACUUUUCUAAAAGAGAAUCAGUAAAUACCGUACCUGUUGUAGAGGUUAGUAAUGAUGCGAAAAUUGCGGAAAUCAGUACGGGCAAGCGAAAGCGAGGCCGCCCGCCUAGAAUUCAGGGGAAAUUAGGGCCGCCACAAGCUCCGCCUGCUUCGUGUUCACAGAGGAAGAAGAAAGAUGAAGAAGAUGUUUGUUUUAUUUGCUUUGAUGGUGGUAGUCUUGUUCUUUGUGAUCGCCGUGAGGUGAUAAAAAUAGAAAGGGUUGUCCGAAAGCGUAUCAUCCGGCUUGUAUCAAAAGGGAUGAGGCAUUCUUUCGAUCGAAGGCUAAAUGGAAUUGUGGGUGGCAUAUUUGUAGCAGCUGUCAGAAGGCUUCCCAUUAUAUGUGCUAUACAUGUACAUACUCUUUGUGCAAAGGAUGUACAAAAGAUGCUGAUUAUUUGUGUGAAAUCAGGAGACGUCACACCUGCACUGUUAAAGUUUGGUUGUCCAUCUCUUUGGGGCACAGAGAGACGUGUUAAAGUGGAUUUUGAUGACACAACUAGCUGGGAGUAUCUCUUCAAGGUCUACUGGAUUUACUUAAAAGCGAAGCUAUCUUUAACAGUAUUCGAGCUAACUAAAGCUAAAAAUCCUUGGAAAGGAGAUGAGCUACCUAAAACUAAAAGUUCAUGGAUAGGAGCUGGUGUGUUGGCUCCUAAGCAGGAGCCAACACGUGAAUUUUGCUAUGGUACUGAUAAUAAAGGCUCUUUUUUAGACAGCUGUGCUGGAAACCCGGAAGCAAUACAUGCUAAGAGAAGAAAAAUGGAGGACCAACCAAAUUUGCAUGCAGAGAAGAGCUCUCUGGUUAGUGAAAAAUCACGCAUUGACCAAGUUAUGCAUCUGCCUGAAGGCACAUCGUGGGCAACAAAGGAGUUAUUGGAGUUUGUUUCAUACAUGAAAAAUGGGGAUAUGUCUGUGCUAUCUCAGUUUGAUGUUCAGGGUCUUCUGCAAGAAUACAUAAAAAGAAACAAUCUUCGUGAUCCUAAUCAGAAAAGUCACAUUGUUUGUGAUUCAAGGCUUAUAAAGCUCUUUGGAAAAGAACGCAUGGGUCAUUUUGAAAUGCUGAAGCUUCUUGAAUAUCACUUUCUUGUAAAAGAAAAGUCUCCAGCAGAUAACACUGCUGUCAUGGGAGUUUCUAAUGCUGUUUGUGGCCAGGUCGAGGCUGCUGGAAAUAGUGACUGUCAGUUAAUGACAGGUAGUGAUCGAAGGCGUAAAACACGUAGAAAGACAGAUGAGAGAGGAGCACAGAUUAAUUCUAAUCCAGAGGAAUAUGCAGCAAUUGAUGUUCACAAUAUUAGUUUGCUAUACUUGAAGCGUAGUUUGAUGGAGAACUUAUUGGAUGAUGCUGGAAAAUUUCAUGAAAAGGUUGUUGGUUCAUUUGUGCGAAUCCGGAUUUCUGGUGGUGAUCAAAAGCAAGAUAUGUAUAGGCUUGUCCAAGUUGUAGGUACUGGCAUGGUCGCUGAAUCAUAUAAAGUUGGCACAAGAACAACUGAUGUCAUGCUUGAAAUAUUAAAUUUAGACAAGAAAGAGGUCAUAUCAAUUGAUGGGAUUUCAAACCAGGAGUUCUCAGAGUGUUUGUUAUGUGUUUCACUUGAUAAUGAGAUUGUUAUACUGAAUUUUGUGGAGGAUUCAAUGCUAAGUUUGACAUCAGAAUUUCGAAUGGUAACUUUUCGAAACAUGGCACAAAUGCUUGGGGGCAUAACAAAGUGUGGGAGGACUGCUGAUGCAGGAAACUAUGAAGUUGUGUUUAGGGAUGUGAACAGUAAUGUGGGUUUACUACCUACUUUUGUUGACUCUACCACAGCCAUAGACACUUAUAGGAAUUAUCAGGAUGAAUGCAAACGUUUACGUCAGAGUAUAAAAUGUGGGCUUAUCAAACGGUUGAUGGUGGGUGAGAUACAGAAGAGAGCAAUGGCGAUUCAGGAUGUCAAAGUUAGUGAUUGUCUGGAAGCAGAGAUAUUAAGGCUGAAUCAUCUUCGUGACCGAGCAAGUGAAAAGGGACGCAGGAAAGAAUAUCCUUUGCUAGAAUGCGUGGAGAAAUUAGAGCUUCUCAAAUCACCUGAAGAGCGUCAGCGCAGGCUGCUCGAGAUUCCAAAUGUACAUGCAGAUCCAAAUAUGAACCCAAGCUAUGAAUCUGAAGAAGAUGCUGGAGAAUCACACAAGAAGAAACAAGGUGACCAUGCAAGACGAAGAAAUUCUAGUGCUAGUAGAAAUGGAGCAGAACUCAACUCUUCAAUGAGAGGAGGUGAUGUCUUGAGUGAUAGAGGAAACAUGGGACAGAAUUCAGCUACCGCUGCUGAGCAGGAUAGAGUUAUGUGCACAACAUUUUAUGUGGAUAGAGAUGGCACUACCCUGUUUCACGAGAGAGUGAACGAGUCCAUGCAGAGUCAGGGAGGAGAGCAAACUGAGCUAAAUAGCCAGAAUGCUCCAAAGAACUGGGUAGCUUCUACUGGUUCAGUGACUGGUGAUUGGAAUAGUCAAGCAAUUGUACAAUGUGGAUCGUAUUCUGGGGUUACAUCAUCGAAUUUACCACCUCUUUCUACAGGAAGAGAGCUAUUGGUUGAUGAUAUCGAGACAGACAAACUGUGGCACUACCAGGAUCCAACUGGAAAAACUCAAGGGCCAUUUGCUAUGGUCCAACUGCGUAAAUGGAGUACAAGUGGGCUUUUCCCUCAAGAUUUGAGAGUGUGGAAGAUAAAUGAGAAGCCCAAUGACUCUAUUCUUUUGACUGAUGCAUUGGUUGGGCGAUUCCAUAAAGAGGCAGCAUUGCCUGACAACAGCUACUUACUGGCUCAAGGAGCAACUGUUGCUUCUGAUAAAGAUAAAAGGCAUGAAUCUGGUUUGCAUCGAAGUAAAGAUGCAGCUCAGGUAGACAAUAAAACUGUUGCUUCUGAUAAAGAUAAAAGACAUGAAUCUGGUUUGCAUCAAAGUACAGAUGCAGCUCAGGUAGAUGAUAAAACUAUGGAUCACUGGAAGUCGGUGCAAAGCAAUGCAAGUGUCGAUUGUGAUGAUAAUGAUGAACUUCAAAGAAGUAAUGCAUGGGGCGUCCAAUCUUCAAGUUGGACUACAGCAGCAAAUGUCACCAUUCCUAACAAUGGACAGGCCGAACUUGCCCUACAACUCUUGGAAUUGUCCAAGGGCUCUUCCAAGAGCUCUAAGGCUUUGCCUGAUCAAUCCCAGAUGUGUAGGUCACUUCCAUCUUCUGGAAAGCCUGGUGAAACUCCAUCACUUCAGGUUAAGGAAGAACAUGAGGAUAAAAAAGGAAAGCAUGAAGGUGAAAAUAACAUUGGCAAAAGUGAUGAUAAACAGGCUGAUAGUGAGAGUUAUUCAAACCAAUCUUCUGGACAGAACUGGAGACCACCCAUAAAAAGUUCUUCAAGCGGAUGGGAUUCCAACUCUGCUUUUGUUUCUGGGGAUAAGUCUGUUGAAACAUCUCAGAAGAAUGAGGAAAUUAAUUUCUUUGAUUUGCCCAGUCCAACACCAAAGCAGCACCUUGAGGACAUGAAAGGUCUGACCGGUGAAAACAACCACUCCACUUCUUCAAAGCUCCCUGUUCUGGAUUCAGGACCUAGCUGGAGUACUGCUUCCAGUUUAGUGGUGGGUGGAGCACGGCUAGCUGGAGUAGCUGGUGAAUGGGGUGGCUAUUCCUCUGCUCCCGUCAAACCUGUUGAGGAAUGGGACUCCAAUCAUGUGUCCGCUUCUUCACUGAAACCUACAGAUGGGGGCAGUGAUCAUGCUGCUACACCAACUCCUGAUAUUGAUGAAUCUGUUUCAGAUCUGUUGGCUGAAGUUGAAGCAAUGGAGUCUCUUGGUGGUUUGCCUUCCCCUACUUCAAAAUUGCGCUCUGCUGAGGAAUUGACACGGGGUUAUGAUGAUGAUUGCUUUAGUCCUGUUGAGGGGUUUAGCCCAGCACCUGAUCCAGGCAAAAGCGAUGCAUUCAGCUCAACUGCUGAUAGACAAAUACCUUCUCAGCUGACUGUAGCUAGCGAAGCACUGCUGUUGUGUCACAUGCCUUCUCAGCCAACUGUUUUAGAUAAACCACUUGGUGUAUCUCUAAUGCCUUCUCAGUUGACUGUAGUCAAUGAAUCACUUCGGAUAUCUCACACACCUUCUCAGUCCACUAUUACAGACGAACCACUAGAGAAAUCUCAAAGGCCUUCUCAAUCGAUUUCGACAGAUGAACAACUUGGUUUAUCGCAGACAGACUUUCCGAAUCCUCAAAAGAGCUUCAGCGAACAUUCUUCUACAAGUCCUGAAGUGGAAGGCAAUAUGAAGCCCAAUGAUUUUUCAGUUAACGAAUGGGAAAAAAGCUCAGAAAUACAGCCUCCUGCAUCAUCAGCUGGUAACCAGGGAGAAUCAGGUUCAGACGUCCAACCUACAACUCCAUCCACAGUCAGUCAAUUGGAAGCAGGUUCUGACGUUCAACAGCCCACACCAUCCAACAAAGAUGGUAGUCAGGGAACCGUAAAGGGAAGAGUAGCACAAGGAAAUACGAACAUGGGUUGGGGAAACUGUCAUGGCACAGUUCAGCAACAUGCUAGGACGAAUGCAUCCAAUUCUACAGGGAACCCAGGCAGUUGGGGAAGCCAACCAAGGUCUGGCGGUGACAGAUUUUCUGGUCCAAGAGACCAGCGUAGUCAUUUUCAAAGCAGAGAUAGAGAUUCUGGUUUUGGUAGAGAUAGAACUUCAUGGAACAGGCAGCCAUUAUAUGGUGUUGGAAAUGGAGGUAGUACAUAUAGACCUCCGCCCAAAGGGCAGCGAGUAUGUAAAUUUUACGAAAGCGGAUACUGCAAGAAGGGAGCAUCAUGUAGUUAUUGGCACCCAUGA